AAUGCUGAAAAACACAGCAGUUUACUCAACAAAGUGCACCACAACAGCACACGCAAAAUGACACCUACUGUCCAAUUACAAGCAUGAUGCAUACACUGUCCAAUUAAUACUCAAAUCGGGCUGCUGAUAGCCAAUCACGUUCGAGAAUUUUGUUAUAGUUUUGAUUAGUGCUGUAAUCAGAGCAUAAUGAAAUGGCUAUCUAAUAUGAGCUGUCCAAUUAAUUGGAUUCCUGUGAUUGAUUUGACACCUGUGCUACCUGUGUAUAAUUUCGUUACCUACCUCUCUGUCCUAAGAUCUAGGAGGAAUAUGUGAGUGCAUAACAUUUUAACCUUGGGCCACAAGCCAAUAUGAUUUUAGAUAAAUAUACCAGGUUACUUACUGAAUGAUUUUCUUCCUCAAAAUUAAUACAGAACUACAUGUAUUGCUAAUUUGUGUUGAUUUCCUGGACUCUUUUUGUGAUCUAUUACUCAAGCUGGGGUUUGUUUAUGUCCAUACAUGUAUUCCUAAGUAUCCAGACUGUAACUGAUUACUCAUUUUUCUGAGUUUUUGUGAAACUGACUACCAUAAAUUUAUCCCCAAAUUAGUACCUGGGGCCCUUAUCUCAAAUUUAGUAGAAGACGGGGGCGCUAAUGUGAGAGAGGUGCUCAAUUGAAGGGGGGUGCUUAUUUAAUUUUUCCCAAAUCCUGGUCAGAUAUGACUGUUUUUUUGUAAAUGUAUACAUGUGUCAAUCCCACAGAAGUCUCAGAAAGAUCCUGUCUCUCUUUGAAGACUACGUAAUAUAACCCCUUUAGCCGGUCUAGGCCUGCUGCACAAGGUUGGUUGGGCUUUAGGCAGUGAAUCAGCAGAUCUACACUACCAUCCAUUGCAACAGUUGAUUUGCAGUACUUGAAUCAGCCGAUAAUCACUUGCUUGUGAUUUAACAUGACCAAAACUAUACAUCACUUGUUGUCUCAGUACCCUUCCAUAAAACAGGGGAAGGGGAGGGAAGCGCUUUUUCGAGGGGAGUUGCUUAUUUCAAACUUUGGCUGACAGGAGGGGCACUUAUUUGAAGGGGGUGCUUAUUUGAGGGGAGGUGCAAAUUUCAGGAUUUAUGGUAUUCAAGGUUUUGACAAUAGUCUGAACAAAAUAUAUUGUCUAUUUAAAUUGACUGAUUUAGAGAUCUUUACCCACACUUCAACAAGGAAAUUUAUCAUUUUAUUUGGAUAAAUGGAUAUUGUAAAUACCAUUAUGUAUAAUGUCCUUUACAUUAUAAUUUGUAUUGUCAAUCAGAAAACAAUUGAACAAGGGACAAGUGAUCAGGAUGUGAAGAUUGCUGCAGCUAUUGAAAUUCAACGUGUAUGGAGAGGCUAUUACACCAGGUGCAAGCUGUUUGGAAUUCUUCACCCAAGUGCUAGUGUCAUGUCUACAGUCCUUGGCAGCAGAUUCAUUCAAAGUCCAUCAAGGCUUAGUGAUGUAAGGACAGUCACUCCCAUGGUUCCUCACACCACACCGCAGCCUUCAACUUCCAGGAAGGUGAGACUCAAAUCUUUCUCACUGCAGAAGCUUUAUGAGCAUACAUGCACCAAUGAAGGCUCGUGGUAUAAAGAGUAGUCAUUCUCUUACUUGAAGGAAUGAUGAGAUUACCCUUGAAGGGGUUGAAUAUUGUGGUAGCUGUGGUUGUCUAUUGAACAUAGUUACAUGAUAAACAUCUUACAACAUGCCAACACAAGAAAUAGAUUUUCCUCGAUCAAACUGCCGAAAAUGAACUUGGAGUUUGGCCGUCGGAGUUUUUCGUUUUUAGGGGCUUCAAUUU